CCUUGAGACAGGCAUCACUUUUGAGGCAGUGAUUGUGGUACCCAGAGCCUGUGCUGAUUGCUUGCGGCUUGCUCUGCAGGAAUCCAGCUCGCUGGAAAGUUGUUACAAUGUCGAAAAGGAAGCCUUAUGCUCAAGUCAUAGACGGCAUCCCUCGCAGUCCUAACUAUGACCCGGAUCUCUUGAGAGCUGCCCUGGAGUUCCGCGCCCAGAAGGGCGACCUUGUUCUCUCCACGUACCCCAAGAGCGGCACGCACUGGAUGGUGUACAUCACGCAGUUGAUUCUAAAAGGAGGCGAACCAGUGAGCGGCUUUGACGAGUUCUUGGGCAACAUGCGCAUUCUCGGAGUCGUCGGGUUCGACGCUUAUAGACCUAGUCUUCCGUUGCGCUUGUUUGCCACCCACCUUUCACUGAAGAACACCGUCAUGAACAAAGACGCCAAGUACGUCUACUUAGCGAGGAACCCUUGGGACUUGUGCGUCUCUUUGUAUCAUAUGAUAACCAAAUUCGACAUUUAUCGCUUCCACGACGGAACCUUCGCGGAACUCUUCGACGCGUUUCUGGAGGGUGACUGCGCUGGUCAGGGAAGCUACUUCGAUCACGUGGCAUCGGGUUACGCCUUGAGGGACCAGCCCAACGUCUUCUUCGUUACCUACGAGGAACUCAAGACAGAUACUCGAAGUGUGAUUCUGAGGCUGGCUCGGUUUCUUGGCGAUGAUUACGGUGACAAACUGGAAAAGCACGAAGAACUGCUGCAGGAAAUUGUUGAUCGGUGUGCGAACGAUAGCAUGAAGCGCAUCCUUGCACCUGAAAGCCAGCAACACACCGACCCUGAUUGGCACAACGCGACCGUGCGAAUUAUAGCAGCCAAUAGCAGAAAGAUUGUGGAGAGCAACAAGGAAUUCAGCUACGUCAGGAAGGGUGACGUUGGUGGCUGGCAGGGAUAUUUUACUCAAGACCAGCUGCGGCGCUUCGAAGCUAGGAUAAAGCAGCUGGAAGAGCAUUCGUGCGUAAUGAACCUUUGGAUGGACACUCGAGCAGCUGCGCUCAAAAUUAUUGCAAAAGAAUGAAAAUAAAUGAACAAAGGUUUCGUUCAGCGGUUAUGAAUAGAAAUAAAAGAAAGCAGUUCCACACAACAACGCCCCUGGCGUUUCGUUUCUUCUUUUUUUGUAUUACAGAUACGUUUUCUUUUAAGUCUUCGACUUACUCUGAAGCUGUCUACAAGUACAAAUGAAUAUAUACAGCUUGAGAAUAAUGAUUGCACGCAAACAUAAACACAUUUCAUAUGCAAAGAAACAACACUGUCCUGAGAGCAUGUGCUCCGUACGUUAUUGGG